UUCUUUGAGCAGCGGGACACUUGCUGUUCAGACAAGAGCCGGAGGACCGAGAAGGAGAAAAAGCCGCUGAGGACAACCAAAUACAACACUUUUAACUCUUCACACAACACCCCAGCAUGGCAUCAAAGUGCCCCAAGUGUGAGAAGACGGUGUAUUUCGCUGAAAAGGUGUCAUCACUGGGGAAGGACUGGCACAAACUGUGUCUCAAAUGUGACCGCUGUAACAAGCUUCUGAAUGCUGGAGGCCAUGCUGAGCAUGAUGGAAGGCCAUACUGCCAUAAACCAUGCUAUGCUGCCCUCUUUGGGCCAAAAGGUGUGAACAUUGGAGGAGCAGGUUCAUAUGUGUACGAUACUCCAGCCAACAACGGUUCUCCCACUGCUGUUGAUUCGGCCCAAAAAGCUGAAGAGAAGCGCGUCUACGCACCCAAGACUGCAUCAAAAGCUGGCGGCAUCACCACUUUCUCUGGAGAGGCCAACCUGUGUCCCAGAUGCAACAAGAAGGUGUAUUUUGCUGAGAAGGUGACAUCGCUGGGAAAAGACUGGCAUCGACCCUGUCUGCGCUGUGAAAGGUGCAGCAAGACUCUGGCUCCUGGCAGCCAUGCAGAGCAUGACAGCCAGCCUUACUGCCACAAACCGUGCUACGCUGUUCUCUUCGGGCCCAAAGGUGUCAACACUGGUGGUGUGGGCAGCUACAUCUAUGAGAAGGAGCCAAGUGCAGUGACCCAGCCUUGAACCUUUGUCCCCCUCAGCCUCACCCCUUCUUCUCUACACAACACUGACCAUCAAACAUAUAUUUGUAGCCUUGUGCUUUUUUGUUAGUGUUUUUGUUUUAAUCCUCUCCCACCUGUGCAUUCAUACCUGAGACAACCAGCCUCUUCUCCCUUUACUCUGCCCUGGAUCAGAUUUAGCUGCACGAGGAAUGAAUUAUGUUCAUAGCUGCUGCUUGGACACAUGUUAGGUAUAUUUGUUAGAGAAGCACAAACACAUGCAGCAUUCCCACAUAAGUGUUGCUCAUUAUUUUACACAAACACCGUUUCUGACGUGUUUAAACAUAAAGAAUCAUAUAUGUGGAUGCAUUAACAAAUAUAUAUAUAUCUAUAUAUAUAUAGAU